AUGAAGCAGACAAUACUUUUAACCGGUGGUGCUGGAUACAUUGGCAGUCACGUUGCUGUAGAGCUUCUGGAGAAAGGUUAUAAUCUUGUGGUCGUGGAUAACUUUGCAAAUGCGGUUGAAGAUGUUGAUGGAAAUGCUGCUAGUUUAAAGCGGGUCGAGAAGAUCACUGGUAAAAAGGUAGCCUUUCAUCGCGGUGAUAUAACUGUUCGUGGUGACCUGCUUCCAAUUUUUGAAAAGCACCAUAUCGACUGCGUAAUUCAUUUGGCUGGAUUGAAAGCAGUGGGGGAGUCGAUCAGUCUUCCUCUGAAUUACUACAGCUGCAAUGUAAUGGGAGCCUUGACUCUCUUGCAGGUGAUGAAGGAGAAGAAUGUGAAGAACAUUAUUUAUUCUAGCAGUGCCACCGUCUACGGUCUGGCCCAGUUUCUGCCCAUAACAGAAAGUCAUCCGGUUGGCAUCGGGUUAUCAAACCCAUACGGAAACACUAAAUACUUUAUCGAAGAAAUUCUAAAGGAUCUUUACAAUGCUGAAAAGGGCUGGAACAUGGUUUUCUUGCGUUACUUCAACCCAGUGGGAGCUCAUUCUUCUGGCAUGAUUGGUGAAGACCCGCAAGAUAUCCCCAACAAUCUCAUGCCGUACGUUUCUCAGGUUGCUGUAGGAAAACUGCCGUUUGUGAGAGUCUUUGGAAAUGAUUAUGACACGCCAGAUGGAACAGGUGUACGAGAUUACAUUCACGUAGUCGAUCUGGCGAUUGGCCACGUGGCUGCUUUGGACCGAAUAUUUGAUGCCUGUGGCCUCGAGAUAUACAACUUAGGCACCGGAAACGGAGUGUCUGUUCUGGAAAUGAUAGAAGAGUUUAAAAAGCAGUCACAUAAAAAAGUAAUUACUUUUUGA